CAUAAGCAUCUUGCACUUCCAGUUUCUAAUAAUCAAGAAUCUUUACAAGAUAAAGCUCAAUUAUCUAAUAAUAAAAAAUUACAAAAUAAAAGCGAUCAUAGUAUUUCAUCAUCUGAAAAUGAUGAUAAUA